AUGACAAGGAAAUCAGAAGAAGACAUUGAGCAGGAGAAACUCUGUGAUGAAGAAAGAUGGGCUGAUUUAGAUUCAGAAUUUGAGGAUUUGUAUGACAUGUCUGAAGAAGAAAGAGACGAUUAUGUUGAAGAGAAAAGGAAACGUAAAAAAAUGCAAGAAGAAAAUAGAGAAUACAAUUACAGUUAUUCGGAUGAAAAUCCGCGCUAUGUAUCGUUUUUAGAAGUAAAGGCUGUACCAGUUCCAAAACCCGAUUAUACGCCAAAGUUCUCUGCUCCUAAUGGAAUGAUCACGCCUUCUGAUAAUCGGAUUGAUGAGAUCAUUGAACGUACCGCCAAGUUCCUUAAUUCUAGUACGGAUCCUCAAAUGGAGAUUGUUAUUCAGGCUAAGCAAGCCAACAAUCCAAGCUUCUCCUUUCUAAAUAAAGAUGAUCCGUUAUAUCCAUAUUAUAGACAUGUACGUUUAUUAUUGCAAACUGGCCUCUUUGCCUAUGGGGGAAGUGAUGAUCAAGAGGAUUCGUCUAGUAAUGAAGGAAAAGGAAAAAACGGUAAUGGCUUGUCUAAUGACAAGUUAGAAGGGAAUGAUAAUAUUGAAGAGAGGGCGGAUAGAAAAUUAGAGUUAGAAAGAUCUAAAGUAGAAAAUUCUACAUCUAGUGUGAGCAGCCAUGAAUCUAUUCCUUCACAUAAUCAUAAUACAACUCCCAGACCUUCAAGACCGCCUCAACCUUUUGGUCCUAUCGUUGUGCCACCACCAGAUCUCAAGGUUAUAGUCGACAAAAUGUCUGCAUACGUUGCCAAGAAUGGGCAAUCCCUCGAAGCCAAAGUUCGAGAAAAACAUAUAGAUGAUCCUCGUUUCAGUUUUUUGUUACCUUGGAAUGAAUUUCAUCCUUAUUACAAACAAAAGAUUAAGGAUGAGAAAGCUACAUUUGAAUCAAUGGAAAAAGAGAAUGUGGACGAAUCAGAAGAAGAAUAA